AUGCCUUCCCUUCAAGAGAGUAAAUUGGCCUUCAUCGGCGGGGGCAACAUGGCCUCCGCCAUCAUUGGCGGCCUGGUCAACAAGGGCGUCAACAAGCAGAACAUCUGUGUCUCCGAGCCGUGGGAUGUGAACCGGGAGAAGAUGGCCGCUCUCGGAGUCCGCACCACCACUUCCAACGUCGAAGCUGGCGGUGAUGCCGACUUGAUCAUCAUCGCUGUCAAGCCCCAGGUCACCAAAGGAGUGUGCGAGGAGCUCGGCGCCGCUUGGUCCCCUCGGGCCACUCUGCCCGUUGUCGUCAGUAUCGCGGCUGGUAUCACUCUCGAUAGCUUGAAAGGAUGGCUCAAGACAAGCGACGGGCGCACUGCGCACACUGUUCGCGUGAUGCCCAACACCCCUGCGCUGGUUGGCGAGGGUGCCUCUGGUGUCUUCGCCAGCGCGGAUGUCACCGAAGCCGAGAAAGAGCUUGUUAAUGCUAUGCUCGGCAGUGUUAGCAAGGCUACCGAGUGGGUUGACCGUGAGGAGCUUCUGGAUGUUGUCACCGGUCUGUCUGGAUCUGGACCCGCUUACUUCUUCGCCAUGGUUGAGCACCUCGUUGCCAGUGCUACUGCACUGGGUCUGUCCGAGGAACAAGCCACUCGGUUGGCUACACAGACUUGCCUCGGAGCUGGCAAGAUGCUGGUCGAGAGCUCUGAUGCUCCUUCUCAGUUGCGCAAGAAUGUCACCAGCCCCAAUGGCACCACAUAUGCGGCUCUUCAGAUGUUCGAGUCCCUCAACUUCAAGGAGACUGUGGACAAGUCCGUGCAGGCUGCCACCUCCCGCGCUGCGGAGCUCGGGAACACGCUUGCCAAAUAA